CCGCGUUUCGUUGUUGACGGUAAUCUGUUCUGUUAGCUAGGUUUGACCUCAUUUUCUCAGCAGUGCUGUUGACGUCGGGUGUUACAACUCUUUCAAUACUCACACGAAUUGAUCUAUUCAUGGCAGCAUCUUGUGUGCAUUGAUUGUAGGACGUAUUUACAUGUCCAGUUGUGGAUAUGAUCACGAUAGCAGCCUGCUGCAAACAGUGCGCUGUUACUUUCGUGCUCAACUCAGCUCAGGUUAGACUGCGAACUUACGAUUUGGAUGUUUUUACAUCAAGUACAGUUUGAAAGACAGGAUUAAACCGUAAAAGGUGUUUUUUACUAUAUGUGGAAGACAAUUAUUAUAUCAACUAAGGAGUGUAAAUUUUGUCUAAAGUAUCAGAUGCAAUUGUUGAAGUCCCAAGCCUGCAGCUGUACACAGAACUGUGCUGAUGAAUUAAUAUAAAUCUUUUCUGGAUCACCAAUAUGGCUUUCAUGUGGUUUUUCCCUAGUUUUUGUAUAUUGAGUGUGAUUUUCUCAGGGCUUUUCAACUGUCCAAGAGCAAUGGAAGAAUUGGAUAUGCAUAAAUUACAGGAUGCAUUAAACAUCAGGGCACCAUUAUUGGUGUUGCUUUAUUCUGAUAGCUGUCAAGCAUGUCAAGAAGCUGAAGACCUCUUGAAUACAAUGACAAGCCAAGGGGAGAUCAGUCAAUUAAUACCAGACAUUCAAGUUAUGAAAGAAAAGACUAAUGGGGCUGUUGCUUCUUUACUGAAAUCUCAAGUUUCACCCACUUUCGUACUUAUAAGAGAUGGAGAAAUUGCAGUAUAUACAGAUAAAUUGGAUGAUUCUGAGCAAAUCUUCUCAUGGUUGGGAAAGGCAGGUUCCACAUCACUGACUCGAUUUUUGACUGAUGAUACUUUUGAACAUCUGACACAGGCAUCAACAGGUUCAACUACUGGUCACUGGCUUGUUUUAUUUUAUCGGCAGUCAUGUCCAGACUAUUUCCAUAUCCUUGAAAGCAUAGGUGUCAAUGAAAAGUCAUGGAUAAAUGUUGCCAAGGUUGAUGUGGAUGCAAACCCCAAGCUGGCUUUGCGUUUCAAGAUCACCACAUGUCCAGAACUCAUAUAUUUCAGGGAUGGAAAGAUGUAUCGCUAUGAGACACAAAAGUAUGAUUUACCAUCUGUGACUUCUUUUGUCAAGUCAUGGUAUAGAAAUGUUAAAGCCUCACCUGUUCCUGUGGAGAGCACAGCUUUUGAUGCUUUAACGGAGAAUAUUGCAUUGUAUAUCAAGUCUCAGCUGCAGGGAGAAAACCGCACUCUGAUCCUGGCUGUUGCUGGAGGGCUGACAUUUACAUUUGUCAUAGUCAUCAUCUUCUGUUGCAUCACAGGUGGAAGUGACUCCAAGAUGAAAAAAGACUAAAAACAAAUUCAUUGCUACAUUUCUGUUUUAUCCAUAUUGAAACAGUUCCAGUGUGUUAAUUUUAAUCUAUGAUGUUAAGUAACUGCUUUCUCCAAUUUAUGGCUUGAGAAAUACUGAAAAAAUGUAGCCUUUUUCAUUCAUUAAUUUUUUCUUCUGUUGCUGUUGUUUUUAGCACAAACCUUUUGCCAGGUUUGAACAUUUAGUCAAAAGUUUGAUGUCCUGUUUACAUGCUUCAAGAACUGUUGAUGAUUAUUGAAGUGACUAUGGUAAAUAGUAUAAAUUGUUGCAGCAGCUUUUAGUUGAAGGUCAUCCAGCACGGUUUCAAAGGCAGUUUUAUUUGGGGGUUUAAGUUAAAGAUUGUCUGCUGUUGACAUGGAUGUUCAUGGGAGAAUGGCUGUCCUUACCUUUGCUCUAAAAUUGUCUGCCUCAGUUUUAAAUAUUAAGAAAUUUCUCAGCUUCUGUGGGCUUUUGGUAAACUUGCUGAUAAGCUCAUCAAGCGUGGUUGUAAAAAGGAUUAACUCUAUCCAUGUUUGGCUGAGCUAUAAAAGGUUAUAAUAAAAUGUCAUCUGAUUGGUAAACAUUUUUUUCCAUUUUAAUUUAAAGGAAUGAAGGUGGCCUUAUAAAUGUGUAGUGAUGGGAGGAGGGCACAUUGAUGGAGGCAAACGUUCUUAGAUUUGGUAAUGGCUCUUUGUAUUUACAUUCCGCUGUGCAUUUUCUUUUUCAGGAGUUAUGGUGUGUUAAUAACUGUUGUAUGUAUUUGAAUUGCUUGUUAUGGUUGUGUUUUAGGAUAUUUGGUUUUAUUUUUUCUGCUGGUUUUCCUUCUUUAUGCAAUGGAAGUAGCAUAACUUCAUCAGAAUAUCUGUGCUACUUUUAUGCCUAGUGUACUGAAUGUUGCCAAAAACACAAUUGCAAUGAUGUUCGUAUCUCUGGAGAAUGGGACUUGGAAUUAAAUUUUCAUAACUUCAGGUAUCAAUAUAUUGAUGUUAAAAUGUU